AGGUUAUGACUGCAGUAAAUGCAGAGUUCGUCAUCUUUACCUGACAAUCCAGGCCUGGCCAAUCUACAACUUUCAAACUCCAGUCCACAAGGCGGCGGUGAUGCACCUGCACGCUGCUUUGCCAUAUGCCAAUAAAUCCAACGAAGAAGAAGACGAAGCAACAACGUUACUCUUGCUGAUGCCGAUAACUGGAAGAAACGGUCUGUAUUGGCAGAAAGACUCAACAUGGCAACCCCAGUGUCUGUGCUCCGCCUGCCAAAAGGACCCGACCCCAACAGCCGUGGAUUUGACCCCAAAUCAGCCCGUUUCAUCGCUCUCUGUCGUACCUCCAUCAACACCUCUGCUGCAUCAGAGGCAGACCCUGAGCAGCUGCAGAGAGAGCAGCAUGUGCGGUCUGUGCUGAGAGAGUGUUUCCUACGAUGUCUCCUCUCCAUGGCCAACAAGAAGGUCCAGUUUCACAUGUAUGAGAAGGUGAAGGUGGAGGCCACGUUUGGAGCGUCCGAUAUCGACGUGCUGAACUUUCAGGUGUCGGACCUGCACACUCCCAUCGGGGUGCAAAAAGAGGCACUGAUCAGGUGUCGGGACGUGAUUUCAUUCACUUUCGAUGUGUGAACUCCAGAGGUUUUUGUUACCUGUUUGUUUGGGCUAAGACGUACUUGGGCAUCUCUCACAUUCUUUAAGAUAGUUUAUAAAAGUGGUUAAAUUUUCCUACAACAGUGAGGUUGCACAUUGCUGUUCAGCCAGUCAUGCUGCCCUGACUGCAUCGAAAGAGCCAACUCUGACAAGUAGUCCCACUUUUUCAGCACAAGAGGGAGUUGUACGCCUGUGUUUCAAGUCUAAUAUCAAACCUGCAUGUGACAUCUUGUUCAGGUUUGUACUGGGUUUGAGUGGUAUCAGAUUUUUGACAAAGUAUUGACCAACAUUUUGACAAUGUGAUGUUGUUUUGCUGAUGAUUGCUAGUGCUUUCAGAAUAUGUUUACCUACAAACACAUCUUGAAGUUCAGCCAUUCUCUGUUUGUUUCUUUCUAAUUAAUUCAAAAAGUUGUAAAACUUAAUGCAGCCUUUAAGACCAGGUAAUCAAACAAUGAAACCAACAUAUCAGAAGAUAUUUAGCCUUACUUCACGAUUUACAUGUCUAUUUCUGCUCUGCACAAUAACUUUCCACUUUCUGUAGAUCACCUUCCUUGGUGAGACGCAGAAAGAGGUGAUUACUGUUCUGGUGCUCAAGUCCACAAGUUAUAUCUCUUGUCAUUUAAUUCUUUCACUGUGACAAAUGCAACGUUGCACUUUAAACAUUAUUUUGCGUUAA